AAAAAAAAAAAAAACGAACAACUUAGCGGAAACUUCUCAGAGAAUGCUCCAAAACUCAGCAGUGUUUCUGGUGCUGGUGAUCAGUGCUUCUGCAACCCAUGAGGCGGAGCAGAAUGAUUCUGUGAGCCCCAGGAAACCCCGGGUGGCAGCUCAGAACUCAGCUGAAGUGGUUCGCUGCCUCAACAGUGCUCUGCAGGUUGGCUGUGGGGCUUUUGCAUGCCUGGAAAACUCCACCUGUGACACAGAUGGGAUGUAUGACAUCUGUAAAUCCUUCUUGUACAGCGCUGCUAAAUUUGACACUCAGGGAAAAGCAUUUGUCAAGGAGAGCUUGAAGUGCAUCGCCAACGGGGUCACCGCCAAGGUCUUCCUCGCCAUUCGGAGGUGCUCCACUUUCCAGAGGAUGAUUGCUGAGGUGCAGGAGGAGUGCUACAGCAAGCUGAACGUGUGCAGCAUCGCCAAGCGGAACCCCGAAGCCAUCACGGAAGUCGUGCAGCUCCCCAACCACUUCUCCAACAGAUACUAUAACAGACUUGUCCGAAGCCUACUGGAAUGUGAUGGAGACACUGUUAGCACAAUCAGAGACAGCCUGAUGGAGAAAAUUGGGCCCAACAUGGCCAGCCUCUUUCACAUCCUGCAGACGGAUCACUGUGCCCAAACACACCCACGAGCUGACUUCAACAGGAGACGCACCAAUGAGCCACAGAAGCUGAAAGUUCUCCUCAGGAACCUCCGAGGUGAGGUGACCUCUCCCUCCCACAUCAAACGCACCUCGCCAGAGAGUGAAUGA